AUGCGAAGCCGCUCCUUGGCUAAGGAACUGAAGGGAACUGUCCUCGAGAUUCUCGGAACUGCUUUCAGUGUCGGGUGCCAGGUCGAUGGACGGAGCCCCAAGGAUAUUAGUGAUGAGGUCAAGGCUGGGGAGAUUGAUAUUCCAUCGGAGUAA